AAUUAAAGGAGCGUGUUCUGUCGUUAGUUCGAGGUCGAAUCGUCCUUAUUAAUCCCCACCGUUUGCCGAAAAGCGUCCGAAUGCAACGGUGUGACGCAGGUCUUCACUUUCACUCCACGGCCGAGUGCGAUAUGUUCAAAUAUGUAAUCGCAUUCCGAUAUUCGCGAUAUUAAGAAAGGUCGAACCGUCACUUCAGUCUAUCGGCCGCGCCGCCGUUACGGGACGGACCGUGUCGCUUAUGAUCAAUGUGAUAUCUGCGGCAGAUUUGCCGGAGGGCGAUAAAGUUAUUUGUGAAAUCGGAAUCAUUGGAGAGACGCACGCGAACAUCGCGAUUCCCACCUGCGAAGUUAGUUUCUACGUUUUUAUUUCGAGGGCUUGAAAGUCGUGAAAUACGUGAGACGCUUUGGGGAAAAAUGUCAACGAUGAGGGAGUUUGAUUGCCUCGACCACAAAGUAACGUUCGACGAAGCCUGCGUGAAUGUGAUAUCGGACAAUAGCAACUACGACAGUCUGUGGCUUUACUCGCUCUCUAGCGAUUGCGUAUCAUGUCCGUAUAAACGACUAAUGAGCAUUCCGAGCAUCGUCGAUAGCAGUUUGAAAUUCAGCACGGUCAAAGCGGUAAAGUGGAGAGUGCUGGAUAACGAUGGCAAGAACGAGUAUAUAUCUGCCGAGAACACUAAUGAUAUCUUCUGCGAAUUGUCGCCGAAUAUGGGACAGUACGGCUUGUACGAAUUGGCGAUACAAGAUAAAGCGUGCAGCUUCAGAACUUUGAAGAAUCCGACGUAUCCUUACACAGAACUCUUCGUUAUUUCGGCGAUAAUCGUGCUGAUCUUGCUCGGCAUAUCUGCCGGGAGAUUUCUUUGGCGGACGUACAGAAGACGAUACGGGAAAGGCGGGAAAGAAGAGGCGACUAACAAAGAGCCGACGAAACGUCGUGUUAAAGCUAUCGACGCUUUCAGAGGGGCCAGCACUCUCUUCAUGAUUUUCGUCAACGACGGCUCCGGCAGCUACUCCGUGUUGGGCCACACCACUUGGAACGGCAUGUUGCCGGGUGACCUGGUGUUCCCCUGCUUCAUGUGGAUCAUGGGAGUAUGCGUGCCCAUCGCUUUGUCGGCGCAACUGAGGCGCGGGAUUCCGAAGCUCGAGAUCGCUUUCACCGUGCUCAAGAGGAGCUUCCUUCUCUUCCUGAUCGGCGUUUCGCUAAACACGCUAGGCACGAACGCGCAAUUGGAAAAGAUACGCGUGUUCGGGGUCCUCCAACGAUUUGGAGUCACUUAUUUGGUCGUCAGCGUCAUGUACCUUUGCCUCGAGCCGUCGCUUCAACUUCAGGAUCAGGACUCAUCUAGGAAUCGGGUAACGCGCGUCCUGCGGGAUAUGCAGGUCCUCUUGCCGUACUGGUCCUUCAUGUUAAUCCUCGUAAUGGUGCAUUGCGGUCUAACUUUUGGCCUCGCGGUUCCCAAUUGUCCCACCGGAUACCUCGGGCCGGGCGGCACACACGAGGACGGGUACUACAUGAAUUGCACCGGAGGCGCAGCUGGAUAUAUCGAUCGUGUCGUGCUGACUAUCAAUCACAUCUUCGCGGGACCGACCAUCGCUUCCGUUUACGGAUCUGGUCCUUUCGAUCCUGAGGGGAUUUUAGGUAACUGUCGUGUCGCGUAUGUGGACAUUAAUUUGAGAUGUCGCAUUUGUAAUGAACGUCGUGCGUCUUUCGCUUCAGGAUGCCUCACGGCGACAUUUCAGGUGUACCUCGGCGUACACGCCGGUGUAAUCCUUAUGAUGUAUAAAAACUGGAAAGAACGCGUCGUCCGAUGGCUUUCCUGGGCGGUGCUAUAUGGCGUCUUGGGAUGCAUCCUCCACUUUUGCAACGUUAUACCCGUCAACAAGAACCUGUGGUCUCUCUCCUUCGUGUUCGUUUCAACGUCCUUCGCCUUGGCCUUCCUUUCCGGAUGUUACUUGCUGAUCGACGUCGUCCGAGUUUGGCAAGGCGGGCCUUUCAGAAUAGCCGGUAUGAACGCAUUGGUGUUGUACGUGGGUCACAUGAUGUGUUACCAAAUCUUCCCGUUCCACUGGCGGAUCGGCGAGAUGGACAGCCGCGCUUUGUGCUUCAUCGAGUCGAUUUGGGUUGUGGUCCUCUGGACGAUCAUCGCGUACAUUAUGCAUCACAAACGCACAUACAUCACGCUCUGAGGUCUACUCGCCA